AGAAGCAUUGUUACAACAAAGAAAUAAUCUACCAAACACAAAUUUCCUUACUUUUUGUGCAAUGUUUAGGUAUUUUUUAAUGAAAUUCCAGUGUUACGUCCUUUGGAUUCAUGGAGAAUUGUUACAUAAGAGAACAUAUCAUAGACUGUGUGACUGCUGAACUCUGAUCCCGCAACUGUUACAAUGGAGGAGGAGAUCAAAAGAAACAUUUUAGGUGAAUUACAAUUUAAUGCUACAUUUUUAAACCCAAAUCCAUUUUCAUCCUCAGCUUUUUCUAGGCAGUAGACAUGUACAAGCAAAAUUCCUUUGUUCAUUUUAACUUGUGCCCACUUAGCCUUUGGCCAACUUUGAAAGCAACAGAACAUUUCAGUUAGCAAUUUAUAAUUGUCCUAAAUGACUAAACUUUAUAACACGUUUCCUCUUUCAGUGUGACUUUUUUUUACUAACAGCAUGCUUAGUGACGUGUACAGCAGGCAUUGUUGCCUCUUAGUGGGAAUUCAAGAGUGAUGAUGCUGCAUAGCUGGGCCUGGAGAAGUCCUAUAAAGUUUUAAGAGGCCAAAAUGCAAUAAAAAGCGACCAUUGUGCAAUCACAUUUAUUAUACUCAAAGUUGAAAUGACUUUCUUCUUUAUAUGCAUGCGCUUUUGGACACUGACCUCAUAAAAAACACUAAGUAUUGGUUAAUUUUUGAUUUAUUUACCUGAAGUUUUCCCUCCCAAUUUUAUUUGGCCAUAACAGGGUAGGCAUAAAGAGGGGCAAGAGAGACAGCUGCUCUCGUGGAGUCUCUUGGAACCAAAGAUUUACCACAGCGAAGGACCGUCCCAGUCUUCUCUCAAAUUGGGAUCAGUUUCUUCUGUUCGUCCUUUCUCUGCUGUCUUCUCCACAGUGUCCACAGCCAUGGCCACAGCCAUGCCCACAGAAGUGGUCUGCCUUUCCAAUGCCACCGUCUGCUCAGGCACAGACUGCCUCGUUCCCCCCAGUAACUUCAACGACAUACUGAGCCUGGUGUUGAGCAUCGUGCUCACCACUAUGCUUGCCAUGGUCAUGUUUGCCAUGGGUUGCACUGUGGAUGCCAAGAAGCUAUGGGGCCACAUCAAGAGACCAUGGGGAAUCUUCAUUGGCUUCCUCUGCCAGUUUGGAAUUAUGCCUUUCACAGCCUUUGCCCUGUCGCUGGCCUUUAACGUGCUGCCCGUCCAGGCCAUCGUCAUCAUCAUUAUGGGCUGCUGUCCUGGGGGCUCCAGCUCUAACAUCAUCUGUUUCUGGCUGGAUGGAGACAUGGACCUCAGUAUCAGUAUGACAGCCUGCUCCUCUAUCCUUGCCUUGGGGAUGAUGCCUCUUUGUCUACUCAUCUACACCUCCCUCUGGACUUCCGCUGACACCAUCCAGAUCCCAUAUGACAGUAUUGGUAUCACUCUAGUGUCCAUCCUCAUCCCAGUUGCACUGGGAAUGUAUCUCAAACACAAGAAGCCCCUCUUGGCAAAAAAGGUCCUCAAGGUGGGGUCCAUUGUAGGCUUUGCUCUCAUCAUCAUCAUAGCAGUGGUUGGAGGGGUUCUCUACCAGUCCUCCUGGACCAUCGCUCCUUCACUUUGGAUUAUUGGAACCAUCUACCCUUUUAUUGGCUUCGGCCUGGGCUUCGGCCUGGCUCGUUUUGUGGGGCAACCUUGGUACAGGUGUCGCACCAUAGCACUGGAGACGGGUUUCCAGAAUGCCCAGCUGUGCAGCACUAUCGUUCAGCUGUCCUUCUCCCCUGCUGAACUGGAGGUCAUGUUUGCAUUCCCCCUCAUCUACAGCAUCUUCCAGCUGGUGGUGGCACUCAUGUCUGUGGGAGCCUACCAGGGAUACAAAAAGAUGUGUCACCGGGGUUCAUGUGAGGCAGACAGCGAGUGCCCAUCGGUGGAGGCAGGCAAUGCUGAACCAGCAAAAGAGAAGUGCUGUGCUGUAGACAACGCCAGCUUCCAAUAUGACGAAAACGGCAACACCGAAGAGAAGGGUAAGAGCAGGAAUACCCAACUGUGAGACCCCCACCCCAAACAAACAACAGACUUUGGACUAUCAGCAAGAACACACAGCGAUCCUGGGCCACCACUCUACUGAUGGCAGUCACAUUCAUCGUCAAACACUCACUGCACUCUGCAGGCCAGAGGUGUGCACUACAGGUCUUGGAAUUACUCUGCAUGGAGAAGUUUCCAUCAAGUUGCUCCGUAUGUUUUAGAAAUGGGAAGUAGGAACCUAUCUUAAGUUGUCAGCACUGUGCCCUUCCAGUAUAUUGUACCAUGUCUUAUGCUUGUACAUAAAACAUAAAGACCUGAGUGAGGAAAGGGCCCACAGUUUGUGUCAGGAGAAUCUGAGAUAUAGAUGAGAUGCUCAGUUUUGCUCAAUGCAACUGAUGCUUUCCUUAACCCUAUAAAGCCUGAACUAUGAAAGAAUUGGCAGAAAAUUCCAAUAUUUUGAAAUUGAACCCU